GAAACCAUUUUGAUUACACAUUCAGCUUGAAACUCUUUUUCUGCCAAGGUCAUUGAAGAAAUUCUCCGUAGCGCUUUAUACCUUUAACCGAAGUCAUGGAUCCAGAAUUCGAAGUUAUUGUUUCGCCAAGACAACUUCGUCACAGUCCUGAACGAAUCAGUGCUUCGCAAAAUUCAAGUCAAAGAAGAGGGCUUCGCCCUCCAGGUCAAGUUUUCCAACAGAGCAGGAUCCCGCCCCCAACGACAAUGGCACGAAGUCAACCCCAUGAAACCCCAAAAAUAAGGCCGCCAAGCAUGAUACGGCCCCCCAGCGGAGGCAAAUUCCAAACUCCUCAAAAUAUUCAAAUUUCCGAACGCAUCAGGCCGCCGUCUGGACUGAAACCACCAGGAUUUAUUAAACCCCCAAGUCGAAGCACUCCCAUUGGCUUGUCUUCGAGUAUGCAGAAAGUCAUUCCCCUUCCUGGCCCUUCAAAAAUACUUGCGCAGAUUCCUAGACCAUCAAGAGUGCCUGCCACUCCCGUCGGUGUAUCUAGAAUUCCGGCCCCGGGAACGAUACGUGUUCCGUCCACCUCGUUACUUCCUAAACCAAGCUUCAUACGAUCACAAUCGCUGUCCAAAAUUGUUCCUCCAUCUAGGAUCGCGCAUGCACCAAUAAAACAAAUUCAACAGCGAGCUGCGACACCGCAACGUUCUUCGGUUCCAACACGAGUUAUGCGUCCAAGCUCAGCGCCAACAGCCCCAGCGUCAAAAAUACGAGUACAAAUACAACCAAAGGCUCGGAGACCAGAACCCAUGACUCCAAAAAGUCAGCAGAGGAUUCGGGGACCAGAACCCAUGACUCCUGUUCGUCGACCAAAAGUUCAACUACCGAGGACUGCAGUUAAGAAGCGUGUUGAAACUGAAGAUAAGGAUGCUGAAGUUUAUAGCAUUGCUGGCCGUGAAGUAGAGUUCGUCGAUUGGGCACCAUCCCCUGAUGAUAGUUCACAGCCCCAAACAAGUCGGCGAACAACAUCAAAACCAGGCGGAGUGCGUAUUGUAAAAGCCAUUGCUAAACCGUCUACGAGUAGGAGAAAUGUUCCAGACGAACCCAAAACUCCGGUGUCAGUUCGAGGAGCAAUCCCUAAAACACCAACCGGGAGACCGAAGAUUCAUCUUCCAAGGACAGCUGCAAAACAACGUUUAACAACUGAAGAUUCUGACGCGGAAAUAUACCACAUAGCAGGGCGAGAUGUAAAAUUUGUUGAUUGGGUUCCAUCCCCAGAAGAACAACCCGCACAUCAACCCGUUAGAAGAUCGGUUGUACGUCCAGGUGGAGCUCGCAUUAGAAUGGCUCCCAGGUCCGAUGAUAGUCCUGAGGGAGCCACAUUACCACCACCCAUAGUUGAAGCCAUGAGAGCCGUGCGAGAGUCCAGAAAAAUUCACGAAUUUGCAGACGAACCUUCCGUUGCUGCUGCUAAGGAAUUUGCGGUACAGUUGGAUGCGGACAUACAAAGAUUCAAAGGCAUGGGCGCCGACAUGUCGGAAUUGAAACAGAGAAAAGCAGAUGUUCUUUCAAAGUUGAGAACUAUGUACGAUCAAGACCGAAGGGACGAAGAGGCGAUUCCUGAUGUAGAAGCAUUUCGUAUGAAAUACGGUGUUACCCAAAGUCCCAGAAUGCGUCAGCUUUUGGAAGUAACUGGUGAUUGGAACCAAGCUAUUCUAGACAGACAAGAACUUGCUGAAAACAUAGCACAAGCACAGCCUUUCGUGCCACAAGAGAAGCCCAAGUUGACGGCAAUGAUGCAGGGCCUGGUGGAAUCACCGGAAAGGAUCGAUCAAGCAGACCGCAGACGUUCGGAACUUGAACAGGCUAGGCAAGAACGAAUAGACAACUAUAAACAGCGGAAGGAAGCAGACCAAGAAUAUCGUCGAAUAUUGGAAGAACGGAGGAAAAACCUACCAAGCAGAAGACCUUACACGAAACAAGAACGAGAAGACAUUCGCCAACGCUACCAUGAAGCGCAGGAAUGGACUUACACUGCGCCAACGGAGGAAGAACUGGACAACGCAUUGAGGAUGGCGGAGAUGAUGGAACUGGAAGAUGCAGGCCUUUCGGUUGCAGCGGAUCCUGAAAAAACAGUCGAGACUUUAUUCCCGGAUGCGGCUCCCUUGACCGAAUGUAGCGGUGCCGUUGAUAACGUUCCUAUACCGAAGAGCAUUCCGGUAGAGGAGAUUAAUAACAUGAACGAUUUGGAUCGCAGUACCGCAGAAAUUGCUCUUAAAGCAAGUUUGGUUCCUGUUCCCGCAGAAGGUGUGACAAAGAAGGUUUUAGAAUCUGGUUUACACGAUAUGGAAACCGCAAAAAUUAAACCAGCACCACAAAAGUUGGAUCCCAUGUACGAAAUUGAUUUGAAGCUUGGUCAACCGAAACGAAAAAACUUCAUCCAGCUACAAGGAUCGUCAGUUCCCUCGUGGUUUCCAGGAUAUUUUAGCAUUUUCCCCGGUGCCCCCGGAUUGAUCAAGGCUAUGAAAUCACCCAGUAUUACGCUGCUGAAUGCCUUUAGGCAGAUGCACUCUUCAGCAGCCAUUUGAUUUUAUUCCUAAAUUUGAAUAUGAAUGCAAUUUUAUUUUGUAUGUUAAGAAUGAUCAAGAAAGGAUUAUUUAUUUCUU